UUCGCUUGAGGAAAAUGUUUGAAUGUUCACGCUUAUGCCAUAGCAUUUGAACGACACUAGAUGAUGAGUCUGUUAUGUGAUGAAUCUAAGCGUAAUGAAAGACGUAUAGAUGUUUCCUACACUUCAUACAACGUAGGUAAAGUGAAAUUCGCUUCUGUCAAAUAAUGACGUCACAGGAAGGGGGCACGUGUGGCUGGUUCCGUGGGACUACAGGUGAAAUGGGCAUCAGUAGCAUACGAGCAUCCUCCGUGGUUUGACGUAACCUUGAAGCAUUACGUCGCGUUGUUGUUUUGGCCAGAUUUUAGUUUUCUUAUUUAGAGAAGACGUCGACCAGCCCCCGUUCAAAGAUCUGGAGCUGACAGCCUCUCCUUUGGCCCGGAAGGAGGUCGGAAGACGCCGGUCGGAAAAUCACUAAAGGUGAACUGAGGAUCUUGACUUAUUUGGUAACAUAUUUGCUCGUCCUAAAAGGAAGUUUCGGGGAGGCGCUGUGCUAGACGGGGUCGGCCAUUCCCACAGGAACAAAAACAAUAACAACAAUAUCCGGUUCGAGAGAAAAGUAUCAGACAGGAAAAGAAAAUUAUAAGGAAUUGUGCGCGUUAUUUUAUUUUCUGUGCUUCGAACUGUCUUACAUUUUUGUUGAUAUACUUCUUAGUUCUUUAAUUAUACAUAAAGAACCUAUUAGUGAUAUUGCUUCAAAGGACUUCGCCAAACCUAAAGUUGAAACUUAUUACUGUUAUUCGCACCAUAAGCAAGGUCCCUUUGGUGAUUUCAAUGCUUUGAAAUACUUAUCACAGCUGAAUUUAUUGCGAUGCUAGACACUUCGUUAGAGAUGGAGAGGACAGAGAAUCAAAGCCAAGACACCAACAACGACAGCAGGAACAGAAGAUCAGGUGAGAAGUAUGGUCUUCGCCCUCGAACCAUCAUCAAGAGGCUCCAGCAGGAAAAGGUUCGUCAGGAGGUACCUCUUAAAAGAGUCCGCACUAAAUCUCGACCUGCCCCUUUAUCAAAGUACCGAAGGAAAACGGCGAACGCUCGCGAGCGCCAUCGUAUGAAGGAGAUCAACAACGCCUUCGAAACCUUACGGAAGGUCCUUCCAGACGCUAUGGAAAUCCAGGCCACCUCCUGCACGAUGACUAAGAUCACCACACUACGACUAGCGGCCAACUACAUCCGGUCACUAUCCGAGGUGUUGGCCGAUGACAACGAGGUGGACUUGUGUUCCAUCCAGCAUUCUUUGCAGGACUCCAUCGAGAAUACGAUCAAGGAUUCUUUCCAGCAUUCCUUCAAUACCGGGGCACCCGGUGGGCAUUCGAUGGUCAUUCAGUAUGAGACUCCAAUGCCCCAUUAUACCCACCACUGCAUCCCUCAGUUCUCCCAGUUACCGGACCUCUGUUCCUCAACUAGCAGCAUCGAGUCAUCCUCGAGUUCCUUCUCGACGAGCCGAGGCUCCGUCGGGAGCAACAGUGACUUGGAGGAGCUCUUCUCCGAUGACUCGGGGCAUCUGGAGGACAGUUUCGAUGUCUUCAAGAAUAUUCCCACGCCGUGUGUUUCCGAUACCCUAGACAUGAUGCUUUGGGCGGAUAUGGAUAACUUGACAUUUCCCAGUGAACUGUGCAAUUAAUUGGAUUUUGAAAGUGACUUUAAAAAAUUAUUAAUAUUCAGACGUUGUCAUCUGUUAUAACUUUGCCAUCGUGUUACUUUCUCGUUGUUAAGGACAAAGACAUAUUGUUGGGAAAAAAUCGUCUUUUUCCAGACUGAUGAAAUGAAUAUUUCUCGUACAAUGAGAAUUUUGCAAGCUAAUGAAUAAUCAACUGAGAAGAAAGUGAAGGUAUCCCAACUGAAAAGUUAUAAUGUCUGUAAUUUAGAUGCAUAUUUUAUUCUCAUAUUUUAUAGUACAAUUUUGAGAACAUGAACAAGAUUUGUGAUUUUUUUUACAUGAUAUUUUGUAUCUCUUUAAAGUAAGACAAUGUAUUAUGUGUGUGUUUCUAGUCAAAGAGUGCCAUAAAGUUAACAUGUUCUUUGAGAGUUUAGGCUAAGAAACAUUCCUUCUGUAAUAUUUAAAAUAGGUUACAUAAUAGUGCAUACGAGCUUGUUUUCUUAAAUGUAAGAUUAUUAAGCCUGUUAAGAAAUAAAUGUUCAAAUUGA